CCCGUACGUUCUGUCGUCCACCCCAUGCGGGUCAAGCGCCGGGCCGGGCGUCGCGGCGGCGGCAAACAUGGCGGCGGUGACGCUGGGUACGGAGACCGACGGCUCCAUACUCUGCCCGUCAUCGUGGAACUCCGUUGUCGGGAUCAAGCCUACUGUCGGGCUCACCAGCCGGUCCGGGGUCAUUCCCACCACCCCUAGGCAGGACACCGUCGGACCGAUGUGUCGGACGGUGUCGGACGCGGUGCAGGUGCUUGACACCAUUGUCGGCUACGACGCGUUCGACGCCGCAGCCACCGGAGCCGCAUCCAAGUACAUCCUGGCUGGAGGGUACGUGCAGUUCUUGAAGCAAGAUGGGCUGAGAGGCAAGAGAAUCGGCGUCCCCAAUGGCUUCUUCCAAGGAUACGGGGAGGCGGAACUGAGGGUGUACCAGCAGCACCUCGACACAAUGAGGAAUCACGGGGCCGUGGUGAUCGAGAACCUUGACGUGGCAGCCAAUUUGACCGCUCUGGCGGUUGAUAUUGCUUCCAACGAGUUCAUGGCAGUGCGGGCAGAGUUCAAGCUGAGUCUGAACGCGUACCUGGCAGAUCUGAGCUACUCCCCGGUCCGCUCGCUUGCAGAAGUCAUAGCUUUCAACGAUGCAAAUCCUGUCCAGGAGAGGCUGAAAGAUUUCGGACAGCGCAAUCUUAUCUCAGCGGAAAACACGCAUGGCAUUGGAUCUGUGGAGAGAGCUGCGAUUCGACGGCUGGAGGAGCUGUCCGCUAAUGGGCUUGAGAGGCUGAUGAAGGAGCAGGAGCUGGACGCGAUCGUGACGCCCAACAGCAGCGCCUCCAGCCUUCGCGCCAUCGGCGGCCACCCCGGCAUCGUUGUGCCCGCAGGGUAUGACGAGCAGGGAGUCCCAUUCGGCAUAUCCUUCAGCGGGCUGCAGGGGUACGAACCCAGGCUGAUCGAGAUUGCUUACGCCUUCGAGCAAGCUACCAACGUGAGAAGGCCACCGAUGUUCAAGCCCUAGCUAGAACGCACAAUCAUCAAAGACCGAGAUAGUUAAACGUCACUACUUUCUUCAGAGUAGUGAACCCCUGCUACCCAAGAAAACGCAACUUCUUGGGCCAGUAAUUACGGUUGAACAGAGCAUGAAUUCCACCAUCAUAUAUAUACACCAAUACACCAUAGUGUAAACUCGUGAAAUAGUAACGUAGAUGAGUACAGAA